GCUUUCUCCGCAGCAAUAGAUCUGUUUAUGAAACACGAGUCAUCGGACGAAGACUGAUGUUGCUCUCACACUACGCUAUCUGGAUUACUAUAUCGCCGUCUAAUGUAUCAAUGCACGCCAGAGUCUCCCAGCUUUUCUCAUGGCUUCUGUUGCCUGCUACCCCGAAGUUGGCAUCACGGUCGUUCUGCCAUCCAGCGAGCUUUUGAUGCGCAUAUAUGCGAAUGGCGGACCCUUGGCGAAAUUACCUCGUUGCCAACGACCGUCAAGGAGUCAGAAUGGACGAAGAUCCGACGUUCGUGCGUUGGUGACAUUUGAUAGCCUCUACAUGAGAUGUCGAUUCAACCCGACUUCAACCGAGUGCUUCGCUAUUAAACCAUGGCACGGAGGAGCGAUACCCGACACAAACCGCAGAAGAAAGGUGACCCCAUUGAAGCCAUUGGCCAAACACGGAACUGGUCACGCAACAUCUGCACCACUCACGCUACGCAUCUUGCACGAAGUCGGCCCCAACAACUUCGCAUUCAAUUUUAUGAGGCUCUUGUGUUGCGCUGUGCUCGUAGGGGGUUCAGUCGUCGCAGCGGUGACGGCUGACCGAGAUGGGUCGAACACCGGGCUCUGUGUCGGACUAUGCGCGGACAUAGUAGGGCUACUCUUGCGUGCUCUAGCCAUGCUGCUCUUCGACAUAGCCCUGUCCAGGGGCAUGUCGCGCCAUCUUGCCCUCCUUCUGUUGACUACGUGGGUGGUAUACAUCUAUUAUGAUGUCUAGCCCCUCGUAAUUUCCACCAUGGUGCCCCUUGACGGAUUGGAGAGCUCGGUCCCAAGGUUACAUAUAUUGCUCCCGAUUUCUGGUGUGGUAAUUGCUGGCGCCGCUUUCAAACACCGUCGACCCAGACUUUCGUUCAUUGCUAGCAUCCCGCUGCAGAGCCGAGUCCAGAGUGGAUCGCAUCAUUACUCUCAAUUUGGCUCUGUGUACUUGGAACAGAGCAUCUUCGAGGCGACGCCCGUGAAGCACCUGCCCGUCGAUAGGUUCCCGCCGUUGGCAGAUGAAGACUCGAGCGCGUC